AGCAUUUCAAGGAUAAAUUAUAUUUUUUAAUUUGACAUAAUUAAUACAUUUAUUACUUUUACUAAUCCUCCGUCAUGGUACAGAAAUAUCAGUCACCCGUAAGGGUAUAUAAAUACCCAUUUGAGCUUGUCAUGGCGGCGUAUGAAAAACGGUUUCCAACCUGCAAGAUGAUUCCUGUGUUUCUUGGCAGUGAUAUUAUGUCUGAAUACAAGAGCGAAGAUGGAGCCGUCCACGAGAUCGAAAGACGCUGCAAGCUGAAUGUCGAUGCACCAUACCUGCUGAAAAAGAUUGUUGGAGUGGAUUAUGUGAUUUUCAUUCAGAAGAACUGUCUAGACCGCCGGAAGCGUACCCUGAUGAUCAGUGCCUACAACGAGAGUUUCUCCAGUCGGAUAGCCAUCGUUGAAAACUGCUAUUACUCCGUGCACGCUGAGAAUCCAAGUUGGACGUGUUUCGAGCAGGAUGCUAGUCUCGACAUCAAGCAUUUCUUUGGAUUCGAGAGCACUGUUGAGAAAAUUGCCAUGAAGCAGUACACACAAAAUAUCAAAAAGGGUAAAGAAGUUAUUGAGUUUUACAUCAACGAGCUGAUCAGCCAGGGAAUCACAUACAUUCCCCAGUGGAAGGACUCCAAGGACAAAGUGGCCGCGAUUGAAGACACACCUUCUCAAGACAGCGGUUUACGUAGUCGGUCGGAUAGUGUGAGCAGUCAGCACAGUCACGCCAGCCUGACGCUGGGCGCCACUGCCGCCACCAUACACCGCGAUUCUCCGGAAGUUGAAGUACCAGUGUCCGUGGCACAGACUGGUAAACUUGACGAUGACUACAUUCACAGAUUUCUCGGUAGUCUCACUCCUGCUGAAGAAAGUAGACUCGUUCAGUUGAGACGGCAGCUGCAAGAAACACACAAGGGAAAGAUUCCGAAGGACUCUCACAUUUUGAGAUUUCUUCGAGCUCGUGAUUUCAACAUCGAGAAAUCUAGAGAAAUGCUGGUUCAUUCUCUAGCAUGGAGGAAGCUACACAACAUUGAUCGACUGCUCAGUACAUACGAACCACCACCUGUGAUACAGAAGUACUACCCUGGAGGAUGGCAUUACUGUGAUAAAGAAGGAACCCCACUUUAUAUCCUACGGCUGGGUCAGAUGGAUGUGAAGGGCUUGAUGAAAUCAGUGGGUGAAGAAUCCAUUUUGAAACAUGUACUGGCAGUUAACGAGGAAGGGUUAUUGCGUGCUGAGGCAGCGACAUCGAAAAGAGGUUACCCUGUCAGCACUUGUACAUGUAUUGUUGAUCUCGAUGGUCUGAGCAUGCGACACUGGUGGCGUCCCGGCAUUCGUGCCCUACUGCGCAUCAUCGAGGUGGUGGAGGCUAACUACCCGGAGACGAUGGGUCGACUGCUGAUCGUGCGCGCCCCCCGCGUCUUCCCUGUUCUCUGGACGCUGGUCAGUCCGUUCAUCGACGAGAACACACGCAACAAGUUCAUGAUCUAUGGCGGCAACGACUACCAGGGUCCCGGUGGACUCGUCGACUAUGUGGACAAACGCUAUAUCCCCGACUUCCUCGGUGGAGACUGUCUUUGUGAGGUGCCAGAAGGAGGACUGGUUCCGAAGUCUCUGUACCAGGACGAUCAGUUGGACCGAUCGCCCGACGAGCCCCCUCUCAGCAUGGACAGUCUCUACAUCACAGCUCAAGUUGUAAAGGACUUCCCUCACGAGGUGUUGAUUCAGGUUCCAGAGAAAGGUUGUGUGAUCACGUGGGAUUUUGACAUCCUGAAGGGCGACGUGACAUUCACGGUGUUCCGCUGCAAGGACCACCGCGGCUCCGACCCAUGUCACCAGCACCACAUCAGUGGAGCCAUCGGUGGAAUCGGGUCCGUCCAGUACCUCGACAAGUCUAUGGUGGUCGGAGUCGACCUCAGCAUCAUGGAGGCACCCCAUAUAUGCAGGAACGGGGACAGUGUACAGGGUACUCAUGUCACCAGUCAGUCAGGUAGCUACAUUCUGCAGUGGAAAUAUUUCGACUCGGCUAAGGCUGCGUUUGACUUUCCGCUCACAUCACACAAGUCAAAGGUCAUGUACAACACAGAAUUGCUGCCAUCCAAUGCUUUCAAGGGUUCAAUGACGAGCUUGCUGUCAUGUCAGAGUGGAUUUUCUUCUCUCAGUAUUAGUACACAGAGCAGCCAGUCAGGAAUCGGCUCCUGCCCUUCAAGGUUGCUGAAGAGAUAACAAAAACUAAAGACUAGAUUGCAUCUGUUCAUUGGACCUGUUUAUUGGUAUUCAGCAGAUAUUGGCCAGUCUAUUUUGGAGUUUUGACCCGUUUAUUUUAGUUAAGUGACACAUAUCAAGAAUUUGAGUCUACUCAUUAUACACUUAUCCCUCUUCAUAUCACUUUAAUACUUUAAUACAAUGGAUAAUUGUGUGUGUAAAUUCUAAUAUUAUAUGUGGUUUUCUUUUUAAUGAAAAGUUUUCUAAUAAAUUAUAAGUUGGAUGCAUUCUCAUGAUCCAGAAUAUGGUAAACAAUAUUAUCCCAGUUUCACACUCUCUUUUUUUAUAUAUUAUAAGUCUUUUUAAUAUUAAACUAAAUUUUUAGGGGUAUUUGUUAUCUGUUUCAUGAAUGAAUAUGUAUUAGGUUUUUUUUAUAUGCAUUUACAUUUUUCAUAUUUUCCUACAAUUUUCUUUUCCACCACAACCACACCAUAUACCUCACCUUUCCGGUUUUACCUAGCUUUUUUUCUGGUGAAGGAAUUAUAUUCUAAGGUUUUUAAAAAUUAUUAAUCAGAAUUUAAUUAUACCAUUAUAUAUUUUUAUUCUUCUUUGUUCUUCGGAUGAACUAAAACUGUUGGCCUAAAGGCAUCUGCUUUUUGCUGUAUAUUAUUAAACUUGAUUUUUGCCUUCUAUUUAAAUCUGCAGUUCAGUGGCCUGGUUUUAUGUUCUUGAGUUUGUAGCCAUUAAAACAGAUAGUUGUCUAAUCUACUCGCAAAAAUAAAGUUUGAAAUAAAAAUCACAUUGAAAUACAUUUGCGAUUGCAUGUACUUUUGAUCCAAGUAUUUCUCAAAGAUUUUUUGCAAUUGUAAAUAAAAAAUAAAUUGUGUCUUAGAAUUAUUGUAGACCAGUAAUUCUUGGCCUACAUGUAUACAUUUAUUUUAUUUUUUUUGGUAAGAAAAUGUAUAGAUAAAAACCCUACAUAUAUGUAUUUUCAGUAAGAGUGAAAAUUCUACAGAUGUAUUCUCAGUAAGAAAAUGCAGAGAUGAAAAAACCUACUGAUUAAUGCAAAUACAUAUAUGUGCAUCCCUCCAAAAUAAUAUAUUGUUUCUUGAUCAUGUUGUCAGUAAGAAAAUGAAGAGACGAAAACUUCAGAUACAUGUAUGUUUUCUCAGUAAGAAAAUGCAGAGAUGAAAAAACUACCAAUUAAUGCAAAUAUGUGCAUCCCUCCAAAAUAAUAUAUUGUUUCUUGAUCAUGUUGUCAACUUGUCAGUAAGAAAAUGCAGAGAUGAAAACUCUUUAGAUUACUAGUACUUCAGAAGUCAGGAUUUUAGUCCUACCUAAAAACUGGCCAUGUUUUUCUUCUUUAAUGAAAAGCUUAUAAUCCCUUAUUUCUGAAGAUCCUGCAGAGUUUUCUGGAAAAAGAUUUCCAAUGUCAUAUACAUGUACAUGUAUUAUAUGUUACAUAAUUUGAAAUGUUGUAUUGGAUAAAAACAUGUUAAAUGGCUACAAACUUAUAAUAAUCCCAUUUAAAAUUCAAGUGCUAGUUAAUCUGUUAAAAGUAAGUAGAUUAGGCUGCUUAUGUAUGGCCUAGAAAAAGUGGAUUUUUAAAAAGUGUUUUUGUGGGUUAGGGGUUUUCUUUGGUGGUGAGUAGGUUUUUUUGGGGUGGGUUGGUGGGGUAGGGGGGGGGGGGGAUGUGUGUGUCUUAAUUUCUAGCAGAUUGGGAUUGUGGCUAUAAGUGAUUGUGAACAUGAAAGUGGACCAGCCUUACCGGUAGUUUUGUUGUGGUUAAAUCAGUGGACAUAAGUCUAAUAGGUACCAACUUCACAUCACAGUCUCAGUUUCCAGCCAGCGUCCGUUUGAAUGGCUCAGUGUGCAGAUGCGAGGCCACUACACCACUAAACCUCUGUCUUGGACAGACGGCACGGAUAGCUGAGAUGUGUCUCCAAGACAGCAUGUUUCAUAUAAGCUGGAAGAUCAAGUUAAAUGAAAAUGAAUGAUGAAACUGAAUUUAAAAAUAGAACAUUAAAGACAUUUUAAUAGACAAAUUGCAGGUGUUGUAGAUGAAUUGACCUACGUAAUGAAAUAAAAUGUCUGCGGUGUAUGAAUUGUUAUAAAUGUUGAAAACUAUAUGACAAACUUUUAUUGUUGUAAAUGUGUGUAAAAUCAAAACACUUUUUUUCAAUUUUUAAACCUUUUUGUUUUAAUUUUCUUAAAUGUUCUUGACUUCUUUUUUUUGUAUUUAAGUGUCAUUCAUUUUCCAUGUGAUUUACAUGAAUGUACUUUUUUCCAGUUAAAAGGUACCAAAAUGAUGUCCAUUGUCCGUCACUGUAACCCCAACUUGUACCUUACACCCAAUAUAUGUACAUUCUUGAAAAUGGAAAACACAAAUUAAUGGCGCCUUACCAUAGCUUUAGAAUCUUUGAGGUUAUUCAUUAGAUAUGUAGUCUUCCAGAUUGUAGCUUCCAAUUUUGUUCAGUGUUCACUCCUACUCCACUAUUGACUUUAAUGUUACAUGUAUAUAAUCCACAUAAAAUCACAGGUUUUCCUUUUUUUAUCAUGUACUUGAUGAUUCUUCCACGAUUUGUGGAAAACAAGACUUAGCUCAAAACCAGCUAAGAUUGUGUCAUGGUUAAGCCAUCAGAUUUAAGAAGAAGAAAGAGAUCAUCUGGAUUUUUCCUGAUUUCCAAAUUUCUUAAUUUGAUGACAAUCUCAAAGCAACCCCAUAAUUUUCUAGAACCUGUUAUGUUUUUUCUGGUGUGUGGGGUUUUUUUUUUGGGGGGGGGGGGGGGUUGGGGGUGGCAGUUGUCUUAGUAACCCCCCAUUUUUCAAUAUCCUGUAAAGUAUACCUUGAUUUCUUUUUUAGCAUCAUUUACAUCUUUAAUUUCAAUACAGUUACUGUGUCAGAAUCCAAUUUCAGGUUACAUAUUACUGAAGCAUAUCUUAAUUAAUAUUAUUUCAUGGUAUAUUUUUAUUGUCAGUGUGUAGCCUUGCAAAGUUCAAUGUCUUUCUGGUUGUGUGAAUAAAUGGACGUAUCAUGAAUGGUGUAAAAGAUGAAUAUUAAAAGAAACAAGAAGUAGCAUUGACCUUGAGAACAAAAUGACAAAACCUUUGGCAUAUCCAAUCAUAUCCCUUUGCAUGAGUUCAGGGAAUAGGGCUGUGACAUGAUUUUAAAAUUAAUGCAAAUAUGUGCAUCCCUCCAAAAUAAUAUAUUGUUUCUUGAUCAUGUCAAAUGUUUUUUUGUGUUUCACCAUUUCAUACUAUAGCUACACGUGCAGAUAUAAGUUGCAUUUUAAUAAUUUCUGACACUAGUGACCGUAGCUACCAAGGAACAGACCUGUCAACCCUCCUGGAUUCAGCAGGAGUCUCCUGGUAUUUGAUCAAAUCUCCCGACUGCCUGUGCAGGAGACAAUUUCUCCUGUUAAAUGACAUUUUUGUAGGCAUAAAAAAAAAAUCAAUCCCCUUUUGCCAAAAUAACAUAAAGGAAGUAGCUAUGACAGAUCUUAAGUGCCAGACUCUGGCCCAGAGUUGACAGCAAUACACACAAUGUUAAAGUCACAUGUCACAGCAAGACAAAGAAAAGACCAAUUAGCUAUAUAAACAUACUUGUGUCAGUUAAUUUUGUAUGUUUGUGCAGUAAAAUGUUGGUAACAAGGGUAUACUUCAAUAGAUUUUUUU